GCGGGUCGCCGUUCGAAUUUAUGCAAGUUUCUCAAGGGACGCCGGCGAGCUACGGCACGAUGAACCUCACGCCUGGCUCCUUGACGUCGACGCCGUCGGUGCGCAUCAAGAAGACCGGCCGCAUGCUCUCGCUGACCAACAUGAUCCGCCAGACGAGCCAGCGCAAGGUCUUCAACCCGUUCUUGUACCAGACGCCCAAGCUGACCAACUACGAGUGCGUCAAGAUCUUGGUCAUGUGCAUCUUGCUCGUACCGCUCCUUCGCAUCGCGCUCGUCAUCGUGCUCGGCGUGCCGAUCCUCGUGCUCGCCUUUCUCGGCACGAUCGGCCACAGGCGCGUUGACGAGGACGGCCACGAGCGCCCGCUCGCCAAGUGGCGCCGCGCCCUCGUGUACCCGAUCCGUGGCCUCCUCCGCCUUCUCCUCUUUGUGCUUGGCUUCUACUGGAUUGACGUCAAGUACCCUGCUGCGAAGCGCGAUAUGGCCAAGACGCAGCUCAUCAUCUGCAACCACAUUUCGUUCAUUGAUGGCAUCUUCAUGGCGGCCCAUUGCUUCCCGAGUGUUGCGAUCCGCAGCGACAUGGCCGACAUCCCGCUCGUCGGCAACGUCAUCCGCGCGCUCGACCCCGUCUUGAUUGAACGGAAGACGGCCGCGGGACGCAAGAAGGCGUUCGAUGACAUCCGCAACCACAUGAUCGACGAGAACUUCCCGCCGCUGCUCAUCUUCCCGGAAGGCACGACGUCGAGCCAGGACUACUUGACCAAGUUCAAGCGUGGCGCGUUCGUCGCCGGCCUGCCCGUGCAGCCAGUCAUCUUGCAGUACCCGUACAAGCACUUUGACAUUAGCUGGCCGCCGUCCGUCUCGGCCGCGUACUUGCUCUUCCGCAUGCUGUGCCAAGUGCACAUGUCGAUGCAAGUGACGUACCUCGAGCCGUAUUCGCCGUCGCCCGAAGAGCAGGCGUCGCCCGAUGUGUACGCGGAGAACGUCCGCCAGUACAUGGCGCAGGCCAUGGGCGCCAAAUGCACCAACCAUACGUUUGAGGACGUGCGGUUGCUCUGCCAGGUCGGCGAGUACGCGGAGAAGCACGUGGUCAACCACACGACGAUGGGCGAGAUCUACCACUUGACGCAAAUGUCGGUCGAGGAAAUUGAAGGCCUCGUGCGCCGGUUCGCGGCCACCGACAAGAACGGCGACGGCCAAAUCAGCUUGGAGGAGCUCCAAGCCCUCUUUGACGAGGACCCGGACUUUAUCAAGCGGCUCUUUGACUUGCUCGACCAAGACGACAAUGGGUCGAUUGACUUUCGGGAACUCUGCCUCGGCCUCUCGACGCUCAACGCGGAGCCCAACACGCCCGACCCGAUGAACGUCGUGAACCUCACGCGCUUUGCCUUCAAGCUCUACGACUCGGAUGGGAACGGCAAGCUCUCGCGGAUGGAGAUCACGCACAUGCUCAAGCUCACGCGAUCGCUGUCGGGGCUGCCAGACAAGGCCGUCGAUGACCUUGUGCAGUCCUUUGACACGGACGGCGACGGCCAUAUCUCGCUUGACGAGUUCCAGCGCAUGGCCAAGGAAAACCCGGCUAUCUUGGACGACGUGGUGGACCGCCUCUCGGCCUUGCAGACGCUAGACUCGGCCAGCGACCAUGCGAUGUCGCGCGACCCGGCCGACCACGUCUAGACCCGAACCUGUACGCGAGCUACGGCUAAGAUGAGCGCGUUGGCGAC